AUGAUACUACUGUCUCAAGCCCGAAAGUAUUGCGAGUUCUGCAAGUGCUGGUUUGCCGACAAUCAAGUUUCUAUUUCAUUUCAUGAGAAUGGAAAGCGACAUAAAGAGAGUGUUAAAAAACACAUUUCUCAGCUAAGUAAAAGAAGUGCUAAGGAAUUUAAAGCAAAAGAGAAACUUGAUGAUGAUAUCAGAAAGAUGGAAGAAGCAGCAAUGAGGGCUUACUUGAAGGAUGUUCAAAAUAAUGCUGACCUUACAUCUCAGGAUAUCAACCAAAUGCUAGGUAAAGAUGGUAAAAGUAGUACUGACAUUAUAGUAUCAACUGCAAGCUCUAAAACAGAGCCUACUUGGCAAGAAGUUAAAGGCAAAGAUGGGCAUUCAUACUAUUGGAACAAGUUAACAAAUGAAACAACAUGGGACGCCCCAGACAAUUUUAUUUCCUUAGCAGAUCAAGAACAAAAACAGCUUAAGGAUGACAAGAAGCAAAAGAAAUUAUUGAAACAGAAACAUCAAGAAGCAAUUGUAGAAGUCAAGGCACAUUUAGCUAGAGAGAGUAUGAAGGAAUUAGCAGUGAAACCACAAAAGUCUUCUGACAUUAGUGCAAUAUCCUAUGGCCCAGAACCUAGAAGUAGCAAGCCAUAUGGAAAGUGGGAGACGGUGGUACAAGAGCCAGUGGAAAAAAUCGAUUUACAAUUGCCAAAGAAACAGAUAACGCUGCCACCUGUUGUAGUGGAGCCUGAGGUUGUCCGCUUCAAAGAAAAACGAGUCGAGUCUCUCGGCGACGGUCCUGUAGAAUUUAAAAAGAGAAAGUUCAAUAACGCCAAAAGAAAUAUGCGUCAAAAGGUGGAUGAUGAAUAA